AUGAAUUCAUCGGUAAUAGCAGAACUUGAAGGCACAUUAGUGAAAGAUCCGGACCCGUUUCCAUACUUCAUGCUAAUCGCAUUUGAAGCCUCGGGUCCGAUCCGUUUUUCUUUGCUUCUGCUAUUCUGGCCCGUUAUCCGUUUGCUGGAUCUUCUGGGCAUGAAGGAAGCCAGUUUAAGGCUCACCAUUUUCAUUGCAAUAGCGGGUCUCCCAAAAUCUGAGAUUGAGUAUGUUGGUCGGGCCGUUUUGCCCAAGUUUUAUAUGGAUAAUUUGAAUAAUGAUGCUUGGAAAAUUUUUAGUAGAUAUGAAAAAAAAGUAGUGGUUACUAGAACUCCAAGGGUAAUGGUGGAGAGGUUUUUGAAGAUGCAUUUGGGUGCAAAUGAGGUUAUUGGAUCCGAACUUAUUUUUAAUCGAUUUGGGUUUGCUACUGGUUGGGUUCGAGAUAUCAGAUCCAUUUCGGAUCGGGUUGAUAGGUUGUUUGGGAAUGAGGAGAUGUCCUUAGCUUUAGGACGUUGGAUUGGUUUUGAUUCUCCAACUUUCGUAUCACUUUGCAAGAAUAGGUGCCAUGAACGAUUGACUAUGCAACAAGAAGACGGCCACAUUCCCAAACAACCACAUCCUGUUAUUUUCCAUGAUGGUCGUCUCGUUAAACACCCAAAACCCAUCACAGCCCUCCUCAUUCUCCUAUGGUUUCCAAUCGCCAUAAUCCUAGCAAUAAUCCGCGUCCCAAUAGGCUUAGCCAUCCCAUUACGACACCAAAGAAAUUAUAUGAGCCCAAUACUAGGUUAUCGCGUACUUACCAAAAAUCCCCCAAAUUCGUCCUCUGUUUCAGCCGUAUCAUCCAAAAAAGGAGUUCUCUAUGUCUGUAAUCACCGAACAGUUAUGGAUCCUCUAUUUCUCUCUCGAGUUCUCGGACAAAAUAUUCCUGCCGUCGUUUACUCAAUGUCACCGAUUUGGCGAAAAAUUGCCCCGAUUCGAACAGUUCAUUUGACUCGAUCUCGAUCUAAAGAUGCAGAGAUGAUCGCUAAAGAAUUGGAAAAUGGAGAUUUAGUGAUUUGUCCUGAGGGAACCACAUGUCGUGAACCGUUCCUUUUGAGAUUUAGCAGCUUAUUCGCUGAAUUAACCGACGAUAUUGUGCCUGUAGCGAUUAAUUAUAAGCCUCAACUGUUUCAUGCUACGACUGCGCGAGGGAGGAAGGUUUUGGAUGCAAUAUUCUUUCUUAUGAAUCCUUUGAAUGUUUAUGAAAUUAGUUUCUUGAAAAAAAUUUCCAUGGAAGACUCUUCCAUUGCUGGUAAAUCUUCGUAUGAAAUCGCUAACCAUGUUCAACGACUGUUAGCUGAUGCUUUAGGGUUUCAGUGUACGGAUUUUACAAGGAAAUAUAAAUAUAGACUUUUAGCGGGUAAUGAUGGAAUUGUUGCAUCUUAAUAUGUUAUUUUUCAAUUGAAACAACUUAAUGUUUUAUUUUGUGUAUCUUCUGUCAAAAAUCAAUCAAUUAUAAGAGUAAAGUAAUACUUACUUUCUUCCAAGCUACAAGAAAGUAAUUGUUUUCUUAUAGUCAAAUAAUGUAAUUCAAUAUGUUAGUUG